GAUAUGAGUGCCAAAAGAAGUGAUGCCAAGUUAUAUGAAAAGUUUAAAGUGACAGCACCGGAAAUGCUGGCCCAAAUCAUCCAGGUACUUGCAUUAUGCCAUAAACUGGACAUCCAUGUGCCACAAGGGGUCAAGAACCUCUUUGAGUUCACAUGGGAGGAGCUAACAAUAACGACAGAGAGGAAAGUCAUCAUUGGAGAGUACUGUCCUGUUGUCCAUUUAGUCCGUACCAUGGAAUCAUCUUUCUCUAGCACUACCUACAAGAGCCAUACAGUGAGGAAAUCUAUCCCCAAAAGCACAAUAUCAGAGCCCAGCUAUCUGUCUCCUUCAGCAGAAAAUCAACAAAUACUCCUCAAGUUCCAGCAAAGGUCAGUCCACCUGCUGAGCGAACUCCUCAAGCUGAAGAUGAAGGCGAUGAUUGAUUCUGUUACUGGAUGUAGUUCCGAUGAGGUUACCAGAAAGUUUUUGGAGGCAGGUCAGCUGCUAUGUCCCAAGAACCAGGAGGAGGCUGCUGAAUUAAUGGCACAAGCACCCAGAAAAAGAGUGUCACAUGGCAGCUGCAAGCCCAUCCCUAUUUCCUCCACCAUUCAACUAAUACACCAAGUCUCUGUGUCCUGCCUCACCUUCUCACUCGCAUCAAAGGAAAACAAACUACCAAAGGCCUCAGGUUCCCCUAAAUUCAAACCUAUGCAGGAAGCGAUAAAUGUUGACCAUCAGCAUGACCCGUGCCCUGAAGCCAGGCAGAAGCUCAGAGAAAUGUGCCGACAUAUAGAGGAAGAGAAGGCUGCAAUGAAAGCAAAGGGCCAUACCAAGCCCCUAAUAGUGCGAAACUAUACCACUGUGCUCGGGUUACCGUCCAUCUCCUCUAGAAGAGGUGGGCAGAUGGUCCCACUGCCAACAGAACGCAAGCCUAAACCACCAAAGCUCUAUUUUGCCUUUCCUGAUGGGACAGCAUUUAUUUUUUACCCAACAGGAAAUAUUGCUGCUUGCCAGUUCCCCAUGUGCUGUGUGGGAAAAACAAUCACCCUUCUCUUUAAUAAUGCUCCAAGUCUAGCACUUCUGGCUUCUUUUAUAGCUGACUACCAGGCAUGUGUGCGUUAUUCUUUCAAAGCCAGCUGUUCACUUGCACUGAUGAUGGAUCCUGAAGGAGGAGCAGUCAGGGACAGAGAUGGAUAUUUGACUCACAAGUGGAGCUGGGCUUCAAAGACGCAGACUUUACAGUCUUUAGAAUUUCAGAUAAAUGAACAGCUAAAACUGAAGGUACUUGGUCAAAAUUCCAUUACUCUUUCUUUUUCCUGUUUGAGUGAGACCGUCAAUAUGUCUUUGUCAAGAGCUCCAUGCGCACACACCCCCAAAGCUAACAAACGGAUACUUGCAAAAACAAGUGACAGUGAGAAGAAGGAGGAACAACUGGAGAGAGCCUUGGAAGAGAUUAAGAAGCGAUUUCAGAAGACAGUGAAACAAUUUAUAAAUGCCAUUUUGAUAGCUUCAGGUAUGAUUCCUAUAGAAUAUCCAAUCCUAGAAGGAGCAAAGUAUGUCAAAUUUAAAAGGAAGGAACUGUCAUCUCAGGCCUGGGCUAAAAGAGUGAAAGAAGAACAUGCUCCAAUAGCUUCAGAAACGAAAAGGCCUCAAAAACCUCCUAGCAGACCGAUUGACCGAAGGAUUCCUCCCAAGCCUUCUCACGGACCCGUGGAUCAAAGGAAACCUUCCAGUCACUUGGAUACCAUGACCCAACCAAAGCCUGCACCAAGAGUUAAAACCAUUUCAGGUGCAGGUGCACGCCCUGCCAGGACCUGGGCAUCAUCUAUUGCUGACUGCCCAGUUGUGCUCCGGAGGCUGCUAUCAAAACAGGACGCUGGUCUGGGUUGCAAGUGCGUCGUGAAAAUUCCAUUUGUUACCGACUUGGAGUUUGACAAGUUUAUUUCAGCCCCCAGAAAGUCCGAUCAGAUCCUGGUGAUCUUUGUCUUGUCAUCCCAAAACCCUUCCUAUUCUCCCUUCUUGGAGUGGAUGUUACAAAGCCUGUACAUGGAAAAACAGCAUGGCCGCCCAUCCCCUUGUGUUCAGACUGGAUUAAUAAUAAAACCAAGCAAGUUUCACUCGACAGUGACAGUGAAAUGUUACAGCAGUGUCAGAGCUCAGAGCCAGCAUAUAUAUUGCAGGUGUGACCCUUACCGCUUGCUGAGGUAUGACAUGGACAGUGUCACAAGACGAAAGCCCCCCCUGCCACCUCUGCUUGUGCGGAAGCAUGCUGUCACUCCGGGAAUGGUGCUGAUGUACGCUGGAGGGAAGCUGCUCUUCGGGGGCUGUGUUUUCAACGGAUAUGGCUGCAGCAAGAAGGACCUGCUGAAGCAGAUCGGCCAAGCUCGCCUCUACUGCAAGAUGGGUCACUUCCUGCCAGAGAGUUUCAAAUUUAGCGCUAUCCCUGUGGAGGACCCUGACCAGGACAAAGUGAAGAACCAACAAGAUUCAGCAGAGGCAGCUAGUGAAGAGUCUUCCUUAGUGCCCAAGAGGGAGGACACUCCCCGCUCAAAGCUAAAGAUAUUAAAGACUUUGACAGCCAUGAAGUGCAUCUUUUCAAUGCAAGAGCAGCAGCAGCAGAAGCAGAAGAAAAACCAAAAACCUCAGAUAGCACAAGCAAAAGACAGCAGAAAAAAUAGUGACACUAGUAAAUAGACACCCCAGGCCUCUACUUUGUACAGAGAUAUAGACAUAGCUACAUCUUUCUAAACCUCCUCUGCCAUUUUGUCCAAUCUGUUAUAUUUUGAUUGUUAGUAACAGGAAGUAUUUACUUUUCAAGUCUCAAUAUAAAAUUGCAGUCAGCAAAUGCUUCUUGGUUUGCUUGAUCUUGUUGUCCUCACUUAAAGAAUGUUCCUCCCGAUGUGCACUGACCCCGGUGAUUCCAGCUCGAUGGAAGAACCAGUGAGAAACCAAAUCAUUGAGGAUCCAUGUGAACGAAGUGUCUGCUUUUAACAAGUGUCCAAAGACAUCCUAGAAUGUCUUUGCAAUGGAGGUAGGGGAAUGAGCUGACACAGAACAAGUCCAGGUGAGUCAGGAAUAUAGAGAAAUCUCUGCAGUAAGCUGGUUUGAGGACCUGCAUUUUCGAGGGCUUGCCGUAAAGGUUCAAGAAGCAAAAAGGAGAGGAUAACAGCCUGUUUAGAUAAUACUCCAGCAACCAGUGUGAUAGUACACUCAGUUCUAUAUGACUGGAGAGUCCCAGGACUGGGAUAAACAAGAGAUGCUGGUGAGCAGUACUGAGGUGCCCUGGCAGAGUUGUGAGAAGGGGACUCUCCAAAAUAACUAGGAAUAAAGCAGGUUGGGAUAGAGGGAUUUUGACAGAGCUAUGGGGGUGACCCCACAACUGGAAAUGAACUGAGUUUGAUCCAUUUCAGGAUGAAGGCACAUUGGCAGAGAUACUUCAGUGCAUCUCCAGGCAACCCCAACCAGUGGGCUCCUGCCAUAUGGCACUCUGUUCAGAAUUUAAAGCUGCUGCACACCCUCUGAAAUAGGAUUCCUAUCCAGUGCAAUCUGUGUCUGUCAGGAGGACAUUUCAAAUCCCUUUGGCAGCAGAAGUGAACCUGCCGCAUCGUCUAUGGAUAAAAGAGGAAGGACAGCAGGGAAGAGCUCCCAGCUGAUUGGAGGUGGAGUUUAUCUAAGGUUAAACACAUAACAAAACUGCACUGGCAUAGUGUCCUGGUUUUUAAAUACAUGUGGAGACAUACCUUACAAUGGCAUUUAAAGAGAAAAGGAAUAAAGAUACCUUGGGAGCAAAACAUAGAUCUUUAAAUAGAACAAAGGGUACAAAUAAAAAGCCCCUGCCAUGAGAAAUGUGCUUGCCAAAAGAGCUCAUGUGAAGAGCGCACAUUGCAACUAUAGUGAUCCUGGAUCAGAGUGCUGACCUUUUAAAUGAUAAUAUUCUAUCAGCGAAGCAUGAUGUACAGCUUGGAUGUCAGGGCUGUAUUACCGUUAUUGUUCCUUAUUAUGUAGCGUAUAAUAAUGCAUUGCGCUAGUAUAGCACCUUUCUGCUGAGGAUCGCAAAGCUAUUUAGAAAUAAUUAUUAGCCCCACUUUACAGGUGGAGAAAAUGAAGUAAACAGAGAUUAAAAUGCUCUGCACAAAGACACCCAAGGUCUGUCCACAUUGCAUGGGACAAUCGCUGGACUCGGGUGUCACAGACAUGCUAACGUGGCCACACUGCACUACGAAGACUUUCUGAUAUGGGUCUGCAGCUUGAUCGGCAUCCAUACUGCAAAAUGACAGGAUUUGGACCGUAGUUACAGCAGGACUCAAGCUGUGAUCCACUCCCCUAGCAGGGUUCUAGGACCCAGGUCCUGAAUGCUUGCUGAGCUGAGUCGGACUGAUUUGUGUGUGGACUGAAGCACAGGCUUGGGCUCAAGCCUGUGUCAGAGCCUGGACAUAGUGUGCAUAGACACAGCCAUCAAGACAAAGGUGAGAUUUGAAGCCUGACUCCAAGUCACUUGCUAUAAUUACAUAGCAAUGCCACUUCUCUGACUAGCAAUAGGAAAGAGUGAACCUCAACAGCUUUGGAGUUUCAGAUAAGCAUCAAAAGUUCAGACGUCCCUGCUCCAUCCCAAACUGUAUCUCUUGGCUCCUCUUCUGUUCCUCAGUCUCUUUGAAUGGGUCUUUUGUCUGCUUUUCUCCAUACACAAUUCACUUUGAUGGCUCCUUUCAUACCAUCACCCACUCCCACAGUGUGACAGAGUUGCUUGUAAAAACAUUUACAGUUGGAAAAGCAGAUAAAAUCAAUGUGAACAUUUCCUCUGUCACUUUCUUCUGUCUCCGCUUCCUCUCUUAAUUUUAACCUCAGCAACGGAUGACAAUAAUAAUGUAAACAUCUGGAUUUUUUUUCCACACCAUAAGGUUCCCAAAUGGAACCUUGGGAAGUACUGUGACUUCUGUUCCAGUGCAUUCCCAAUAGGAAGAGGGAAAUACUGUAAGGAAGGUUCUAACUCUGAACAGAGAUAACAAAACAGUGGUGACUGAUCUUACAUUUUCUGUGUGCUAAGAGUUUUAGUCUCCCCUGGUAUUGUGCUGUAGUUUUAUGAUUCAGGACAAUUGUUAUGUGAAAUUUGCCCUUUGAAUUGUGUCUCCAGCCCUAUAGGUUCCUUGGGGCUCUCCAGGGGUCAGUGAAUAGUUUCCAGAAGUCAGAUAUGUAAAUGUGACCUAAUAGUGUGGAGUGAGCUAAGCUUUCAUUUCUUCUUGGCCUUCCUCAUACCAGAGCCAGGGCCAGCAGGCAGACUUGGAUGGAACAUCAUUUGACUCUGUUUUGGUGAUGCAGCCUUAUGAGCCAGCAUAGCUUACAAGGGGUGAGUGAGGCAUAAUUGUUCAAACACAUGCUACAGGGGCCUCCUAUGGAUGUUAGUGGGUAUUUAAUGGGUAUCAAAGGGACAGAUUAUAUCUGUAAUUUUCUGACAGCAGAUUCUGAAAACUGGACAUUUUUACCCAAGGGCAAAACUACUGAGGAGACACCGCAGACAGCUUUAGACAUAAGUUAUGUAGGGUUGCCCAUCUGAGGGCUGUAGUACUAGGCCCACCAGAGUCACAUAGACCCAAAUCUCCCUUCUUCGGCUGUGAAGCUUCUGCUUGCCCCAAAUGGCAUAAUGUGCAUCUGAGGCCUUGAUUCUCAGCUACAGCUAAGAAUGAUUUGUAGAGUUCCUUAGAGCCCAUGCAAAGGAUUCUGGGGACCAGGAGAACAUGACUGGAAUAGAAACAGGGAUGUCUUUGGGAGGGAAAUGACACUGGGAGGGGACUUGUUAUGUUGCUGAACUGGAUAAAUUGAUGCAGGGGGGAGGUGGCUGGGAGCAAGAGGCUCAGGUCCCCUCUUCACCUACCUCAGCUCCCGGGCCCUUUCCUGGAGCAGAAGUUUGAGCUCUUUCCUUGUUUUUGCAAUGGGCUAGAGUUACUCCUCCAGACGCUCCCAUCAGUGAUCUUUAGUGGCUGCUUCCAUAUCCAUUCAAUACAGACAGCAAGUUAUCAAGAUUGUGAGAACAGUUAUAAAAUUCCUCUGCCAGCUCUCGGAACUUUUUUGUUCUUCACCUUUCAAUAAAGCAGGCAAGCGUUGGAUGCAAUAGCUUCAUAACAAAGUGCCCUCUGAAGCAUGUGAUAAAUUAAUAUGGGCCA